AUGCGUAGAGCUAACCUUCCAGGAAAGCUACUACCCUUCGAUCUAGAGAUUGACAGGACCUUUUUGAGGAAAAGAAAUCUACAGAAGGCAUUCCAAGCAGCACAAGAAUCCUCAGAAAUGGCCGACAAACUGCUGAAAGAUUACGCGGCACCAUAUGCACUAGGGGUUCGGUCCAGCAUCACCCGACCGCCCAUUGAAGCCAACAACUUUGAAAUCAAGCCCGCAGUAAUCCACAUGGUUCAGCAAAAUCAAUUCGGAGGAGGACCACAUGAGGACCCAAACCACCACCUAGAGCUGUUCUACGAGAUCUGUGGCACUAUGAAGGUGAACGGGGUCCCUCCAGAAUCAGUCAGACUACUUCUCUUCGAGUUUUCCCUGAAAGACAGAGCCAAGCAGUGGCUGAACUCCCUUCCAGCGAAUAGCAUAUCAUCCUGGGAGUAG